UCCCUCCCCCUGACACCUUCCUUGACCCAGUGCAGAGCACUUGGCGUCGCCUCCUCUUUCAGCUCUAACUUCCGUCUCAUCAUUGCUCUGGGCACCAGCUGCCUCUUGGCUGGCGGUGCUCUCACACUGGACUGAUCUGGCCUUACUGACAUCAAAUUCAGGUCGUACGGGGAGAAACGAGUGUGACUUUAUAAGGUGUGAUUGAGAGACGCUGGCCUGUUGCCAAUCUCCGCUUGAUCACAGGCCAGAAGUAGAGUAGUGCAAGAAGAGUAGUAUAAAAAUGAAAAAAACAUCAACAUGUGCAUUGAACGUGGCAAGAAAAGAAUAAGGGCUACUAUCACGAUUACUUGAGUUUAGGAUUUUACACUUAGGAGGGAAACUUAGAUGAAACUCUUAUUUCUUGGUUCUAAUAAGCAUCUCUCCUUGGGGACUGGAAAUUUUCAAAACAGGAGUCCUUUGAAGAAACAUGUGCUUCUCAACUCAACCCCAGGCUCUCCUUUAUAUGAAAAACUCUUAAGGAUACGAGCAGAAAAGAAGCAGAUUAAACUGAAAGCUCAUCUGCAGCUCAGAAAAAUAAAGACAUGGAGUUUUGAGGAGUGAAAGUAGCAUGGUGUCAGCCAUGGGUGAUCAAGACACAGCCAGAUAAUGUGGAUCACUUUCUUCAGACUACGACUUUUCUGCUGUCUGCUUGCACUGUUGAUGGUGGUGGUGCUGGUCAUCAAUGUUACUCAGGUAGAGUACCUGGACCAUGAAACUGUUUCAGCCACAUUUGUCGACAGUAGUGGACAGCUUGUUUCCUCCCAGGUGACAGGAAUUAGCCGGAAUCCUUACUGUGGCUAUGAGCACCAGACUCUGUCCAGCCGGGAGCGCAUGGAGGAGGACUCCUUACUGGCUGCCUCACAGUGGCAGGUGCCUGAUGUGGGCCCAGUCCCCUUUUUGAAGAGCAGUGACCCUUCUUCCAGCUACUUUGUCAUCUUGAACUCUGCAGCCUUCUUCAAAGUGGGAAGCCAGCUAGAGGUGCUGGUUCAUAUACAGGAUUUUCAAAGAAAGCCCAAGAAGUAUGGUGGAGACUACCUGCAGGCCAGAAUCCACUCCCCGAAGCUGCGGGCAGGGGCCGUGGGCAGAGUGGUGGACUACCAGAAUGGGUUUUACAAGGUCUUUUUCACUUUGCUCUGGCCAGGCAAAGUCAAAGUGUCCAUAACUCUGGUCCACCCCAGUGAGGGAAUCAGAGUUCUUCAGCACCUACAAGAAGAGAAACCAGACAGGGUCUAUUUCAAGAGUCUCUUUCGUUCAGGAAAAAUUUCUGAAACUACCGAGUGCAAUGUGUGUCUUCCUAGGAGUCUGCCCCUGUGUAACUUUACAGACCUCUACACCGGAGAACCCUGGUUCUGCUUCAAACCAAAGAAGCUCCCGUGCAGCAGCAGAAUCAACCAUUUCAAAGGCGGGUACCUGAAGGGACUCCUGACUGCUGCAGAGAGUGCUUUCUUCCAGAGUGAUGUCAAUAUCAAAAUGCCAAUCAACUCCAGUGGACCUGAUUUGGUGACCGUGAUUCCCAAGAGAAUAAAAGAAACGAGCAACCUAGAACUAUCUCAAGGCUCCGGAACUUUUCCUUCUGGGUAUUAUUACAAAGAUCAAUGGAGGCCUAGAAAGUUUAAGAUGCGCCAGUUUAACGACCCUGACAAUAUUACAGAUUGCUUACAAAGAAAAGUGGUGUAUUUAUUUGGUGACUCAACAAUCAGGCAAUGGUUUGAAUACCUAACUACAUUUGUUCCAGAUUUAGUGGAGUUUAACUUGGGUAGUCCCAAGAAUGUGGGUCCCUUCCUUGCGGUGGACCAGAAGCACAAUAUUCUGCUGAAAUACCGCUGCCACGGUCCACCGAUCCGCUUCACGACUGUCUUUAGCAGUGAGCUCCGUUAUGUGGCGAAUGAGCUGAAUGGCAUCGUGGGAGGGAAGAACACAGUGGUUGCCAUAGCGGUGUGGUCUCAUUUCAGCACCUUCCCCUUGGAAGUGUAUAUCCGGCGGCUCAGAAACAUCCGCCGAGCAGUGGUCCAGCUCUUGGAUCGAAGCCCUAAGACCGUGAUAGUCAUCCGGACAGCUAACGCCCAAGAACUGGGGCCUGAGGUGAGCCUUUUCAACAGUGACUGGUACAACUUUCAGCUGGACACCAUCCUUCGGAAGAUGUUCUCAGGGAUUGGAGUAUAUCUCGUCGAUGCCUGGGAGAUGACCCUGGCCCAUUAUCUACCCCACAAGCUACAUCCAGAUGAAGUUAUUGUGAAGAACCAACUAGACAUGUUCUUGUCCUUUGUAUGCCCCUUGGAGACCUAGCCUGCCCUGGAGGGGACUGGAAGAAUCACUUUCAGUGACCUUCUACAUCACCUGCAUUACUGAAAGUUUAUGGGUGGCUCUAUGGGAAGAUGGCUACAUUGUUAUGCAGAACGCUUCAAAAAGAGCUGGACUGUGUGUAAUGAUUAGUAAGGAGCUUAGAAAAUACAGAUUACAUUAUAGUUACCUAUAAGAUGUUCUCCAAUCUUGACUUAGCCAUGGGAGAACCAUUAUUAACAGCUUCCACACACUGUAUUGCCAUUGUAACCAAAGAAGUUAAUGAGUGUGUUUGAACUAGCUUCUCCUGGGAGAGGAUAUUACUGUGCUAGAAAGUGUGAAAAAUGUUCUGACCUAAAUGGAACGGACUAGUUUGCCUGGCAGUGAAGUAUUUGUAGCUCAUCUGGAAAGGGAAAUUGACUAUAUCUGCAUGAACAGUGCAGUUAGUGCAUCUUCAGCAGGUGAACUAACAAGGCUUGUAGUUGGUGGCUCCUGUAACACACUGAAGCCUGCCGUGUCUCAGGAGUUUCUCUUGAUCUACUUUUUCUGAAUUACUUGAAAAGACCAGUGUACUUGGUCAGAAUUCUAGUGAGAAUAUGUACAAUGUCCUGCUUUUAUCUAGAAAAGGAGCAAAAGGGAGAUACGAAAGCCGUAUGUGUAAAAAUCUCCGUGUUCAAUUGGUAUUUGCAUUGGGUGAUUGUUAUUUAUUUGAGCUAAAUUUUACAUGACGAAUACUUAUUCUAAAAUAACCACUUUUGAAACUGGAAGGGUGAAAUCUGUAAAUGGAAAUUUAUUUUUGUGUUCUGAAGUUAGGGUUUUAAGAAUUGACUUUUAUGUAAAGAAUGCUAUUUAUUAUAAAGAUGUGGAAAUUGUUUCCAUCUGUUUCAAGUAUUUCUUUUUUGGUUUUUAUUUUGAGUUGCAUACCAAAAUUAGAAAUUAAAGUUAGAUAUUGAAAUCUAUGAUGGGUAUUUUUUGACUCGGGUAAAGGUACACACAUUUCUCUCAUUCUUGGAAGUAAAAAGCUGCUAUUCCUACUGGCUAUCUUAAAAUAAAUUUUACUUGACUGUCUUUUAA